CCUAGCUACGUCGCUCUAAUGCGCAACCAGAAAACUAUUACUCCCUCUUGAGCUAGAGUAUGAUUUUUCAAGAAUUGCACGCUCCGUUUCGCCUUCGCCUCGCAUUAGAGUAUGAUUUUUUCAAGGAUUGUACCUUCUAGAAGAUUCGAAACGAGGGAGAGAACUUCCAGGUUCUGGAAUGUUGCGAAUGAGUCAAGGAUGGGGCCGAAGAAGUUGUUGCCGGUGAGGUCGAGGUAGCGGAGGUUAAGAAGUUGUGGGAGGGUGUUUGGGAGUGGGCCAUUGAGAAGAUUCUGGGAGAGGUCGAGGUGGAUGAGGUUUUUACAGAGGGAGAUUUCUGAAGGUAGGGUUUCGUUGAUGGAGUUGUUGAACAGGUUCACAUAAAUGACCUUUGGGAGACAAUACAAGAUGUUUGAGAGGAAUGGGCCUCCGAUGUUGGUGUCGGACAAGUCCAACUCCGUUACGGUGGUGUUUGUUGUCGCGUCGCAGGUUACGCCAUACCAGUUGCAGGGAGUAGCAUCUCGUGAGUUCCAUGAAGAGAGUUUUGAGUCUGGGUCGUCUAAGGAGAGUUUUAGCUGGUGGAGGUAUAAGCCUUCUUGGUUCAGACACGACACCAAAGUUGUUGCUAGUGAGAAGAAGAGAAUGUAGACUAUGAUGAUGAUGGAAACUGUUGUUUGGUUUUUUGGGUUUGAGUUUGUCAUUGCAAGAGAAAUUGUUGCGUUGAGUGUGGGAGUGGAGAGUGUGGGUUCAAUUUAUUUGCUUUCAAUUGGAGGCUUAGAGAGAGUGUGUGUUUAUGUUUGUGUUUGAGUGCAGGAAUUGUCAAUGAAUUCUUUGCAGCAUGUUCGCUCUGCUUUGGCUUCGGUGAUAAUGGGAAUGGCUCCAGUUUUAGAAAAGAUACAAGUGUGGUACCACCACUUAUCUAUGCUGUAAUGGGAACCUCGAGGGAGAUAGCAAUUGGUCCGGUGGCAGUGGUUUCUCUUCUGUUAUCCUCAAUGAUGGAGAAAUUAGUAGACCCUGCUACUGAUCCAGUGGGUUAUACAAAGCUGAUUUUGCUUGCUACUCUCUUUGCUGGUAUCUUUCAGACUUCCUUCGGACUCCUCAGACUUGGGUUCCUUGUGGAUUUCCUAUCCCAUGCUGCAAUAGUUGGAUUUGUGGCAGGAGCAGCCAUUGUGAUUGGGCUUCAACAGUUAAAGGGACUCUUAGGAAUCACCAAUUUUUUGACCAAGACCGACAUAGUCUCUGUCAUGAAAGCUGUUUGGGAAGCAAUUCAUAAUCCAGGUAAAAGGAAGAAGAAACUAUUCUGGUUGGCAUCAAUCUCUCCUCUUGUAUCUGUUGUUGUGUCAACUUUAAUUGUGUUUAUCACAAGAGCUGAUAAAAAUGGAGUUAAAAUUGUGAAACAUGUCAAAGGGGGGUUGAAUCCAAGAUCCCUCCAUCAGUUAGACUUCAACAACCCCUACAUUGGAGAAGUGGCUAAAAUUGGACUAGUGGUUGCUGUCGUUGCCCUUACUGUGAGUAACCAAUUAUAA